UGGAGUUACGGCUUCACAACGACCGCUUGAAGCGUCACUGCGCUGGCUUGAUCGAGGCGCUGAACAAGGAGCGGAGCAGCUUCAAUAAGAUCCGAGAAGACCACAACGCGGUCAGCAGAUCCUUCCGGACCCGGAUCCAAGACAUGGAGAGAGUCUUCCAGAUGGAAAGCCGGGCAGAAAAGGUGAUGGCCCUCAGCCGCAACCUCCACACGGAGUUGCUGAACCACGUGGAAGUACUCCAGGUCUCCAUGCGGAGUUACAGACAGUAUCUGGAGGAAGCCUUGGGCAAGCUGCGAGAUUCGAACACGGACUUCCUGAAAGCCUGCAGACUCUUCGCAGACGGUGGGAACUUUUCGCCCGAAGAGCUCGAGAUCUUCAUGAAGCAUCUGCAGAAGGAGAACUCGCGCAUCGAGUUUGUGGAAGGCUUGAUCAUGAUUGAUAUGGAGAAAGCAGAGACCGGCUACCUGGAGCAGGCUUCAGAAAUUAUCAGCAAGUUUGAGAACAGGUUUCGUUACCUGGCUAUGGAUCGAGUCUUCUUGGAGAGAAUCCAGCGAUUUCUGACCAAUAUUCAAGUGAAAAUCAAGACAGAGGUGGCGAAAUCCAAUUGGCAGACCCAAACGUUGAAUAACUACUUGGAGAAGCUCGUCCAGAGGAUCGAUGCCUGCGCCCACCCUAAUGUGGACAAAGAAAGCAUGACUCCAGAAAGACUUUACGAGUUUACCAAGUUCGUCAUGGAAGAACUGAAGAAGAGAUGCAAAUAUCUCAACUGUCAACUCCGGAUCACGGAACCAGACAUUGCUUCCUUGCCGGUCGUCUUCCUUCAAGACUCCUUGGUAAGCACCGCCCCAUCGGAUAUGUCCCUCCCGGAGAGCAAGGUCACCGUGAUGGGCAUGGAGUAUACGCCCGUCCUCAACCCGAGCAGGAUGGGGAAACCGGCCUUCGACGAUGCCUCCUUCCACCUGAUCCGAAACCUCACCGGGUAUGUGCGUGGAAAAAAGAUGUUAGAGGCUCAGCACGAAAGGGAUGUGGCCGGAUUGCCUGGAACAGACCGAGGUG